GAUCCUCCUCAUCUCUGUGUUUGAAUUUUAGUCCCUUCAAGAACCAUGGCCUGCACGCUGGAUUUCAGGUGCUUAGAUGAAGGUCUUGGGGGACAAAAGAACAAGCGUAAGAGAGAAGAAACUGACACCCGAAAUGCAGAUUCUUCAAUGGAGGUGGAUGACAUGGAAGCAUGCCCACAGGCCAAGAGGGCUGCCCUUCCGUCCUCAGAGAACCCAGAAAAACCUGUAUUUGGGAAGCCCACCUACGAUGGCGUUAUUGCUGGAAAAGUAUCUGGCAGGAAAUGGAAGGAGCCUAGGAAACACCGAGCUUCUGCCUCAAAGAUCUCCGUGAAGGGGGUUCCUUUGGAACAACGUGUGAAGCAGAAGGAGAUCAAGAAAGCCUACCAGGAACGGAUGAAAGAGUUGAAGGAGGAGAUAAGGUUGAACAAGGUGGAGAAGAGAAAGAAGAGGGAGGAGAGGGAGAAGAAGAAGAAGGAGAAUAUAUUGAGGUCAGGGACUAAGCUUCAGAAGAUUACUAACCCAAAAACAUUGAAGAAAAUCGCCAAGUCCAAGCAGAAAAAGCUUCUAAAGGUUGUCCCUGAUGACUUGCUUAAGAAGUAGGCUGGAUUCUAUUGAUGUUCAGUUUCUCUGUGUCAUUGGGUACAACAGGUGUACCUGAAUUUCACAACUCAUUGUAGGUUGUUAUGACAAAUAUACUUGUUUCAAAAAAAAAAAUGGUAGUUUUGAGUUGUCACCAAGGAAUGGAUAUGUCCAGCUCCUGGUUCUGUUUUGACAUAAUUUAAUUUUGUUGGGUUUCAGAUGUUGCUUUGCUGCUUAAUAUUUUCCUUUAUUGAUAUCUGCUAUGUUU